GUGAUUGGCUGGCCUCGCACAGGGAGGCUGAAUGCGCAGCAGCAGCAGCGGAGUGUUUCGCAGCUGCGCUCGAGUCUGAAGAGUUACAGGCGCAACUCUCUCCGGAGCGUUCACGCAGCACCCAUAAAGUCGUUUUAAAAAGUGAAGUUUCUUAUCAAAGUGGACUACUGUGUAUGACGCUGCGCGCGCGCGCGCGCGUGUGUGUGUGUGCGUGUGUGUGUGUGCGUGUGUGUGUGUGCGCGCGGGAAAGUACUCCAGACUUCUUGAAACUCGAUCGGUCCAAAUCAUCCUCCAGGUGCCAUCCUCUGGUUCAGCGCCAUGUUCACCACGAAGAGCCCUAAAGUGUCUGAGUCGGCUGACUCCUGUCAGCCCUCCUCCUCCUCCUCUUCCUCCUCCUCUUCGGUGGAGAGCAGCCGAUUCCUGGAGUCCGGUCCGGACCCGGGGCUGGUCCCCGUGACGCGGCCCUCGCUGCUGGCACGACGCCUGGUGCGUUUGCGGGCAUGUCGAAGUCACCUGAGUCCCAUAAGACGCCGCAAGAGGGAGAUGAUCCCCGCCGAUAAGAAAGAUGCCACCUACUGGGAUAAGAGGCGCAAGAACAACGAGGCAGCCAAGCGGUCCCGGGAGAAGCGGAAGAUCAAUGACCUGCUGAUGGAGGGCCAGCUGCUGGCCCUGAGUGAGGAGAACGCCCAGCUGCGGGCUCAGGUCCUUAACCUGCAGUACCACACUAACCUGAGUUUGGAACAAGGCAAAGCUGUUCCUUCCUGUGCAGCAUCCUCUACAUCCGUGCUAGCUUCCACUCUGUCUUUGUCUCCGCACACUCCUGCCUUUCUACAGGCGGGACUCUGGCGCAAUGAUGGGAGCAGCUCAUCUGCUGUUUCUGUUGUGAGGCAACAAGAAACAGUGGUGCACCCCUUAGAGGGCAAGAUUCCUUGUUUUAGCCCCGUUUUUAACCCACUAAGUCAUCAUUACUUUGUCGCACAAGGCCCCGUGCCUCUGCCAGGCGCCAGAGUCCUCUCCCAUGGAGGACCUGCGGGGGUCUGCAGGCCAGCGGAGGGGGACGCAGACGCCCAGCGACAGGUCACCUCCAGCAGCAACGACGUCUCCAUUUCUACCGUCGCUCCUCCCCAGCCACUCUCCGCCUUGGCAUCGCUUCUGCCCCCUUUCGACCCACUCCACCAUGCCCCCACCGUCCCAUAUCCGCACCAGAACUGGGUAGUACCCAGUCUCAACCACCCGGCGAUGUGGCGCUCCUCAUACCUGCAGAGGCCCAGCGUCUACCCCGGCCGGCCCGGUCACAUACACGGGAGGCAGGGCCACAGCGUCCGCGUGCAGGAACAACUCCAGAAGGGAUUCAUGAGCCGACUCAACACGGAGCAAUGAGAGACACCCAGGAUGCUGCAGUAAGAGUGGAUACCUGCAGCUCAACUUGACAAAAAAAAAAAAAAAAAAAAAAAAAAAAAAAAAAAAAAAAAAAAAAAAAAAAAAAAGAUUUAAAAGCGACAAAGACAACCGGCAUGAAUAUUUUCCGGUUUCCGGUGCACAAAUUCCCGUACGGGAUACUGUACUACAUUGAAAGAUUUAGUGUGUGCAUGUUUCUCUAAGAUAAAAAAACACAUUAGCUCUGAUUUUCUCAGGUUUCAUGGAUUUAUGUUACCCUUUGCGCUCCUGUUCCGGUGCUAUUCAAUUUUACACAACCGAUUUAUAACAUCAAUUAAAAUAAACAUGAGGCAUUCUGAUCUGUUUUGGUUGAAUUAAAAUGAAAAAUUGUCGCUUCAUUUGCUUGUAGAGGGGUUAUUUGAUUUAUUUAUAUUUCAUUUUAUUUUAUUAACCCUUUUUUCUGUGGUGAGGAAAAAAAAA